AUGAUAGAACCGGAGCCACUGAACACGCCUAAUAAGUUAUCUCAAAGCAACAUCUAUACCGCUUUACGUACUAUUGAUUUGACAGGCUUAACAGAGAACACAAGUGAAUCAGCUAAUUUGUCACGCCCAUCGUCUCUAUCAAUUCCUUACAAAUCUCCAUCGAUUUCAUUUGGGUCACCAUCAAUUCCCUAUAGAUCUCCAAUAUUGAGCCCAUUAACGCCCACAUCAACACAUGAUCGACCUGGAUCCGUUGUGUAUGUGCCAUCGAAUCGAUUCAAAUUAUUCCCUGCCUGUUUACCUACUCCAAAUCCCUCGUCACCAAAUUUCCUACCACGUUUUCGUUCUAACAUCGUUCAACUUGUUGAAUCGGACAACACUCACAGAUAUACGGCUACAUGUUACAAAUAUUGCAAUGCCUAUGGAGGUGAUAAGAAAGAUUGUCAUCUAAAUAUGCCACGAAAAAAAGUGGCAGAGUCAACAAUCGAUCCUGAGACGGGUCAUAUUUCGAUGAGACGAUCAGAUUCAUGGAUCAAUAAUUUCAAUGAAUAUAUCAUAUCAGCUUGUCGCUCUAAUAUGGAUAUUAAAUUUAUUUGGACUGGAAGUGAUGCUGAAGCUUUAGUUUAUUACAUUACAGAUUAUGUUACAAAGAUGAGUCUAUCUUGUCAUGAUACAUUCUCUCUUGUACAAAAGAGUAUCACUUCAUUACAAAAUUCAAACAAUCAAAUAAACAAUGACAAUGCAAUUGACAAAUCACGUAAACUUGUCCUACGUUGUUAUAAUGCGCUUGCAUCACAACAAGAACUGUCUGGUGUUCAAGUUGCUUCUUAUCUUAUGAACUAG